CAUCGUGACGAGUAAAGUUUACCUUGAUUGGAUGGGCAGCUCUCUGGGUGCUCAGCACCCCCAAAGCUCUGAUCCUAGAAUCGCCCCUGAGCCUGCUAUAAACAAUAACUGUAAUUGUAGUUAUUGUUUAUAGUUAAUCCCCUGAGUUUCAGUUUUCCUGCCCUUCUGAGAUCCCCAUUUCUGUUAAGUCUACAUUUUUGUUUUUUAUGCAUCUUCUCGUGUUUAAUUACUUCAUGUUUUGCUUUGAUAGCUCCUUAUUUCGUUCUCUUUAGUUUUGCUGGGUGGUUGUCUUGUUUUUCUUGAUUAGGUUCAGAUGUGUACCUUACUGUUUCCCAUUUCCCUAAUUACUUAUGUGUAUAAGCAGUGCAUAUGGCACUGUAAGCAGUGAACUUUAUUGUUUGCUUGGUUGUUACUUGUUUAAGAUGGCGCCGGUGUACGUGGCUUGCCGUCCUCGGCUGUAUCUGCUUCGCUGUUUUUUUACUCCCUCUACGCUCUUUAUGGACCUUGGCAUUGUAUUUUUUUUAUCCUUUUAGUUGUAUGCUCAUCUAAUGGCUGUGCUCUGAUUACGACAGGCAAACACUUUUAAAUCUAAGACUCUCUCAUUCCUCUCGGGCUGAUCCUUGCUGGAGCCUGGGUGACGCCACCGCGCCCCGACCAGACCCUCCGACCGGCUUCCUCCACCUACCUAUUCCGAAUCUACACAAGAAACGCUAUAGGAAACGCGGUAGAAGGAGCGGCCGUCGCGUUCGCCUCAGGGUCUACUUUAAAGCCAGCCACAGGCUACCCACAUGCCAGCCUGGAUAUUUAAUCUUCUUUCCCUCCCUCCCAGGAGCGCUCUGAUGCUAAGUUGCUCACCCACUGUUGGAUCUGCUCGGCUGACCACGAAGUCUACCCUGCCAUUCCUGUGGCAUGUUUUCCUGCUCAGGUUUGGAUAACAUCGCUCCGACGCGGCGUUUGCCGAAGCAACCUAAGUGUCCUACGACGCACCACCCGUGGCAACUUAGCCCCUAGGAUACGGAUGGCAUUGCUUAAUGUCAGGUCGCUGGUCAAUAAGACUUUUCUCUUAAAUGACUUCCUCUCCACUAAUGGGAUUGAUGCUUUAUUCCUGACUGAAACCUGGAUUCGUCCUGGUGAGUUUAUCCCUUUUACCGAACUUCUUCCAUCGGACUGUGUCGCUUUUAGCUCACCAAGGCUUACUGGUAGGGGUGGUGGCGUAGCCUCGGUCUUUAAAAAUUCAUAUGCGGUUCGGCAGCUACCCUCACCUACCUACUCUAGCUUUGAAGUCCAAUUAUUGAAGAUGACUGCAUCCACGACCACACUCUGCGUGGUGGUUUACCGACCGCCUAAAUAUAGCAAAUAUUUUAUCACGGACUUUGCUGAUCUCCUAGGCUCCGUUCUUUUUAAGUGUGGUUGUGUUCUCAUUGUUGGUGAUUUUAACAUACACACUUGCUGUAAGGAUGACCCAUUUGCUAAAGACUUCCUUGCUUUAACGGACUCUUUUAUCCUGGCUCAGUGGGUUAAUGACCCAACGCAUGUUAAAGGACAUACUUUGGACUUGGUUCUCUCACAUGGUCUGGACAUUUGUAUCAAGGAUAUAAGUGACGCUGGGAUCUCGGAUCAUUUCCCAGUUAUAUUUGAUACUGGCUUAUGCACUAAUGAACUACAUCCUGCGGCUCCCCUUCGCCUGCUACGUGUAAUUAAUGCUGAAGCGGUGUCAAACUUCUCUAUGUCUUUCUUGGAUUCUGCAUCUGUCACUCUCGACUGUUGUUCUUUUCGCUCAGUUGAUGACUGUGCUAAUACCUUGUUAUCGCUACUUUCUUCAAUCCUUGAUACUGUUGCCCCCAUUAAAAUGAAGCGCCCUAGAACCUACUCUCGGUGUUGGCUUAAUGACACUACGCGCGCUUUACGUCGCGUGUGUUGGCGCGCUGAGAGAAGGUGGAAAAAAGAUAAGCUUCAGGUUUCUUACGACAUGCUACGGACUAGCCGCUUAAAAUUCCAAAGUGCUGCUAAAACGGCCAAAGCGUCUUUCUUGUCCAAAAUCAUCCUGGCCAAUGACCAUAACCCCCCUACCUUAUUUAAAAUUUUUAACUCCAUGCUGUAGUCCACCCGAUUCUUAAAAAAAGAAACUUGUAUUUGCUCCCUCUAGGCGCAAUCUUUGAAAAAUACAAUAUCGCCUUCCACUGUUACGCCGAUGACAUACAGAUCUAUUUUGAACUUACUGACGACCUUGCUGUGUCCCUACACUACUUUCAAGAAUGCAUGCGGGAGGUCAAAGAAUGGUUCCUGAGCAAUUCUCUUGUUUUAAAUGAUAAGAAGACUGAGAUUGUGGUGUUCAACAGUAAAAUCCCUCGUGCCCGACUCGGUGCUGCCCUGGGUUCCUUUGCUAGCUCUUCCUGUGACUAUGUCAGUAACUUGGGUGUACUGCUGGAUAGCUCGCUCAAAAACUCGAUAAGCAAGUGUCUGCUGUAGUGAGAUCUAGCUUCCAACUGCGCCUUAUCUCUAAGGCUAGGCAUUAUGUUCUGCAUGAGGACCUGGAGAAGCUUAUUCACGCUUUUGUGACCUCCAGGUUGGAUUAUUGUAACUCCUUGUACUACGGUCUUCCCUCUUCUCUUCUUCUUAGACUGCAAACAGUCCAAAAUGCAGCAGCCCGCCUCUUGACUGGUACCAGGAAAUUUUGCCCUAUUACUCCUGUUCUAGCUAGCUUGCAUUGGCUGCCCAUAAAGUACCGUAUUCAAUUUAAAAUAUUACUCCUCACAUUCAAAACUAUUAAUAAAUUAGCGCCAGGUUAUCUCAGUGAACUUCUCAAACCACAUACUCCUGCUAGAACACUCAGAUCUGCCACUCAACAACUUCUGACGCAACCUAGAUCUCGGCUGAAGUCCCGGGGUGACCGUGCGUUUGCUCUGGCUGCCCUGGUACUGUGGAAUACCCUUCCUCUCGACCUCCGCACAUCUGAUUCCACUGCACUGUUCAAAUCACGACUAAAAACCCACUUAUUCAAUCUUGCCUUUCCCUCUAGUUAAUAUUUCUUUUAUGAUUUUAUAUUAUGCACUUUUAUGCUCGUUUAAUUUCUUGUUUGCUCUGUACCUGUUGCCUUCCUAUGUGUCAGUGACAGCUACCUGCUUGCAUACCUAGUACUUGCUUUGGUCCUAUUUCUAUUAUCUUCCUUCUAUUUAUGUUACUUGUUAACCACCUUGGCAUACCCUUGGUUUUUAAGUGUGCUUUAUAAAUAAAGUUUAUUAUUAUUAUUAUUAUUAUUAUUUAAACCUUUAGAUUGCAUUAGUCUGUAUCCCAUCAUACUAUUUGUUUGCUCUAUGUCUGUUUUUAGAAAGAAUUACAGCUGAGCCAUUCGGACAGGGACAUUAAGCUUAGGAUUUAUUUUAUUUUUUUGGAAAUAAUUCAAAUCAUGCAGCAUCAUGUUAAAACUGUGGAACAGUUUUCCUGUGGACCUACAGCAAUGUUCAAGCAUUAGUCAGUUCAUAAAGAUGUUUCGAAAACUGCUUUUGGAAGAAUAUGAAACUGACAAAGUUGAUCACCCAUUGUAUAUAUAACUAUGCUAAAUUGUAUCUAAAUUAUAUCUAUCACUGUAGCUGUGUUUAUACAUGUCCUCCUUGUUUAUUGUGUGGGGUAAGUGAUGAUGGGAAUUAGGGGUAACAAUGAAUAGUGGGAUUCAAUAGAAUGUUGAGCAUGGGGUAGGGAUUAAUAAGUAUGUUAUACUUCUUCCUACUCCAUUUCAGACUUAAUAAUUGUCAUUUCAUGUCAUUUAGACUCUGUUUUAUUUUAUUUAUUUUCUUUUUUUUUGUUUUGUCUGAGCACAUACGUGUGUGUAUUUACAUAUAUAUUUGUAUUUGUAAAUGCAAGUAUGUGUACUUGUGUAUAUAUUGUUUGUUUCUGUAUAUGUCUGAAAUAAAGUUACAAUAACAAUAACAAUGUUGUUGACUAACUACGGGAUCAUCUCUUUUCCCUUUCUGUCUUAUUCCUGACAUAUGUAUUUCUCUCUUCUGGUCAGCGGCUCUCUACACAUACUUUAUUGAGAACAUAUUUACAGUAGGCCAUGUGUGGCUCUGUAGCUAGCCACGAAGCAGCAUAAUUAGUAUCACUUGUUGUCAACUAGCCAAGCUUCAUUAACUUGCCAAAUAUUGCUGGUAUUUAUUUUUUCAACUAUAUUUACAUCUAGGGUUAUAGUUUUGAAUGUAAAUGACUAACUUACUGCUAUCUUGUAACUCUUUUCAACUUUGUAAGUUCUCUUUUUCACAAAUGGACAUUGAACUUUAUUGUAAAACCUUUUAGAAUAGCCACACUCAUUUUAUUUGGAACAUUUUUAACCCUUAGAGUUUCCUCAGUGCCGGUUUGCUUUUGGGAACUGUAGGAGCAUUUGCACUAGCAAAAAGCUGAUGCAAAUUCAGUUCAUCCAUCCAUCCAUUCUCUUCCACUUAUCCUUUUCAGGAUUGCAGGAGGGCUGGAGCCUAUCCCAACUACCAUACCCGGAGAGAACCCACGCAAACACGGGGAACUCCACACAGAGAGGACCCGGCCAGGUGGUGGAAUCACACUCAGGAGCUUCUUGCUGUGAGCUAACAGUGGUAUGUGCUGUGAUAUAAAUCAAACAGACAGAUGUCUCUGGUGAGAUCAGCGGUUGGGCCCUCGCUGCUUUAACCCUUUAACCGAUUCCCACAGACGAGUUAGCAAGGACGCAUGCAGCAGGCUGGUAAAUGACAGUAUUCAGCUGUGUUAGGACCAGGGAUCUACCUCCACUCCAGCAUGUCUUCUAUCACUGGAACAGGAGAGGCAGACGAGAUUAUUUUUAAAGUGAGACGGGAGAGGAGCGGAGGGGAAGCUGGGAUCAGCUGAGACCGGAGCUGUCCAGACUACGGACUGUCACAACAAAUGAAAACUAAAAAUAAAGGUGGCAUCUGGCAAUAAAGAACUGUGUGUGUGUGUACGUGCGUGAAGUGCAUCUCACAAGUGGUGCCGAAACCCUGUCUGCGUGGGGAUGUCUGACCCACAUGCUGCGCCGCCUGCCCAGCCUUUGCAGUUCCUGGCGCAAAUGCUGGCGGAGAUGGCGAAGAUGUGCCAAGACCAGGUGGCUGCCCAGCACGAUCACCUGGCAAAGCUGCAGGAGCAGGCGGACCGGCAGACCCAGGUUCUGGAGCGGCUGGUUGGAGCCGCUGUGCCGCCAAAGGCCCCUCCACUGUUGGUGACGAUGCCCCGGAUGGGCGACGGGGACGACCCCCAGGUUUUUCUGGAGACUUUUCACGCCACGGCUGAGGCCUGCCAGUGGCCACAGGUGGAGUGGGCUCCGCGUUUGCUUCCUCUGCUGUCGGGGGAGGCUCAGAUGGCGGCUCUUUGAGGACGUGAGCCGGGCGGUGUUGGACAGGAUGGGACUCGCCCCUGAGGAUCAUUGCCGCCAGUUCCGGGCCUGUCGGCUGACCGCAGAGGAUCGGCCGUUUGCUUGGGCCCAGAAGCUGCACGAUGCGGCGGUGCGCUGGCUGCAGCCGGGAUCAUCAGAGGGAGAGACGCUGCUGGUGGACAAGGUGGUGCUGGAGCAGUUCGUGGAGGGGCUGCCUGUGGAGACAGCGAGAGAGUCUGGAGGUCGCGGUAACAUUGGUGGAGGACCAUCUCGCCGCCAGAGCGGGGGAGCCCGGGGAAGGGAUCAUAAAUGAGCAGUGCCACCCCUGAGCCACGGAGAGCGGCACAAACGCCAGGGCAGGAGUGCUGGAAGUGCAGGCAACCGGGACACCUGAGGAGGGACUGUCCUCUGAUGGAAGUGGGGCAGAUGUUCCGCGUCGCCGGUGCCCCAGCACUCUCUCCCGGUCCAGGAGGGACGUACAGCAUUCCGACUGACACCUCGAACAGAGGGCUGGGGGCCGUUUUGUCCCAGCAGGUAAAGGGGGCCGACCGUCCCGUUCUUUACAUCAGCCGGAAGCUGACAGAGCGUGAAAGAUGGUACA